AGUGGUGCGCCACCAACGAACAAAUAGAGUUUCGCGCUGCUCGUACACACGAUCAAGUGUGUUGAUGUGAAUGAGACAACGAAGAUAUAUUUCUAAAUUAUUACUUGUAAACAAAUAAGCUGGAAGAUGUUAUACCUUGAAGAUUACUUAGAAAUGAUUGAGCAGUUACCUAUGGAUCUGCGUGAAAGAUUUACAGAAAUACGUGAAAUGGAUUUACAAGUUCAAAAUUCAAUGGACAAUCUGGAAGGAAGAGUAAAAACAUUUUUUGAUAGCUGUCGCAAGGAAAAGUGUGAGAAGAAAGAACAGCAAUAUAGUGGUAUACGAAAGGAUUAUUAUAAAACUUUAGAAGAUGCAAAUGAAAAAGUACAAAUGGCAAAUCAGAUUUAUGAACAGGUGGACAGACAUUUAAGGAAACUAGACCAAGAACUUGCAAAAUUUAAAAUGGAACUUGAGGCAGACAAUGCAGGCAUCACAGAAAUUUUAGAAAGAAGAUCUCUAGACCUUGAUAAACCCAUACAAAGUACAGGACAACAUGUUAUAAGUCGAGGGGAAAAGAGAAAGCAUCACAAUACAGAAAACCAUUCAGAAAAAAAAGUGCAACAGUCACAAGAAAAGUUAGCAUUGGUCUCCGUUGAAAAUUGUUCCAGCAACAUAUCGGGUGGGCAUUCCAGUAGCAACAGCAGCGUAAAAAGUGAGAGUAAAGAUCCAGUUAGUUCUUCUUCAUCUUCAAGCAUAUCAUACAAUCUAGGGACAGUUGGCGCUGCUAGCUCAAAUCCGUUAGCAAUGGCUGCCGCUCAGGCAGUGUCAAACACCCUGCAGAUGAACCAGGGGCGUCGAACAGCAAGCUUUAAAGCAAGUUUUGAGGCAUUGCGUUCUGUAGGAUUUGAUCCGACUAUCAUCACCAAAGAAUUUACAAUAGGCACUUCACCGCCUUCAUCAACAGAGAGUACUAGAAGUCAGAGACAGAGAAAGCAAACUGCCAAAGCUCAGGCAUUGUGGGAGAAGCACCAAGCACAGCAGGAGCGUCACCAUCAGCUGCAACAGCUUCACCAACAACAGGCAACUCCUCUAUCAGACGCACCAGAUACUCCUCUUGUUCCCCCUUUGCCUGAAGAUCCAAGUGUUCCUGUGGAGUGGUCGUACGAUCCAAACGAGCCCCGUUAUUGCAUCUGUAACCAAGUAUCUUAUGGUGAAAUGGUGGGAUGUGAUAAUCCAAAUUGUCCUAUUGAGUGGUUCCAUUAUGGUUGUGUCGGCAUCUUAAAUCCCCCCAAAGGAAAAUGGUACUGCCCUCAGUGUACCGCUUCAAUGAAGAGACGUGAAAAGAAGGAAAUGCCACCAGAGAAAAAGGAGAAGAAAGGUCACUGAAAUGAAGAAGGUCCAUUAACAGUGAGGGCGACAUACGGGUUGAUAAUUAUAGUACGGAUGGAUACAAAAUCUUGUAGCGGUUGUUGCACAAUGAGAAGUUUACUUAAUAUGUUGAAAUAUCAGCCUGUUCGACCCUUCCGAAUAAACCAACCUUUUCAUAUUGUGGUGCAAAAAAUAGAGUGAAUAUGUCUAUAUUUUCAAUAUAGGUUUCUAGGUUAGAAAGUGCCCGUGUGGAGGGUAGACAAUGAGCACAUCAUGUUGUAGGGAAAAGCCAUGUAAACAGAUGAAGGGCAUACUGCAUUUGAGUGGUAUAUGAGUUCAACUGUAGUGUGAUGAUUGUAAACAGCACUAACUGUAUUAUAUUACUAGCUUCAAAUAGGGAUGGUUAAAGGAAGUGCUAAAAGUUGACCGAUCAUUGCUCUCGAGUAAGAUGCAUGCAAUGAAUGGUUGGAUCAUUUUGUGGAGGAGUUAUUGGAGUUGAAAGAUUAGAUUGAUGAAAUCAAGGCUGAUUUUUUUUUUUUUUUUGGAUUAAUGUAUUCAUGGUCAGGUAACAUCUUCAGA